CAGCAGGAAUGGAGAACUCUGAUGUGAUAAAUUUCAGUUGUCUCGAAAAAGAGCUACACUCGGCGCUGCAAGCGGACAGAAAAUACCAGAGGGAAAAUGAUGCCAAGUUUCGUGCUUUGAACCAAAAGGUCGCCAGCUACGAAGAAUUCAGAGACAUUGUUCUCGCAUCUCACUUGAAACCACUUGAUCGAAACGACAUCUCUGGUGCACCCCGAAAGCAACCAUGGAAUCCAGUUGCUUGUAGGACAAAGUAUGAAUGCGCUUCAUAUGAGCAGGUCCAGACACAAUUAUCUGAGGUCCAGCCAAGAAGUGCAUCAGAGUUCAUCCGUGACUGGCGCAGGUUUGCAGGAUGCUCAUUUGAAAAGUACAGUCUCCUUGUAAGUCUCGGAGGAGAGGCUCUUCAAAAAAUCUUCAGCACUGAGAUUGGCCUCGGUCUUCUAGGAGAGUUCCUUCUGAUUCUGUGUCAGUGUCUAAAGUCAGGGGAUGAGGAAAGAGUGACUGGAGUGCUGGACGGCUUGUCCAAAACAGGCCGCUUUUGCAUUAACCUGUCUCUUCUCAGUCAGGCAGAACUAAAAGCCUGUGAGGAGCUAUUCAACAAGCUAAACGUUGCAGCAGGUGAAUGUUAUCCAUCUAAUGAUGAUAUUUUAAACACUUCAGUUGUUUGUGAGGCAGGUCUGACACAUAUGGAGGAUAACGAGACUGACAUUACAACAAAACUUAAAGAAUUAGCAGGAAAAUACUGCACUAAAUAAUAGUUUAUACAAAAAAAUCCAUUGGUUUCUUAAGUAUCAUAUAUUUUUUGUGUGUUGUUAGUUUUCAGGCAAAAUAUGUU